AUGUGGCCAAUUGUCCUAUUCUCGUUACUUGGAGCGGUAUCCGCUUUGCAACCUCUACCACCAGUUCAAUGGACUCAUAACCGUGAUGGUUUUAACAUUGCGACCAUUGAACGAAAUAUCUAUAUCAGGGACAAUUUCGCUUCGGACCGCGAUGAGAAUGGCUUGACGCUCAUUCCACCGUCAGCCUUUGAAUUUGCGAAUACCUUCCGUCAUGAUUUGGAGGAGAUCACGGGCGAGCCUUGGGGCCUUCACUCGGCUGAGGUGUUCCCUGAAGGUCAAACGGGGAUUUUCCUGGACAGAUUCGAGGGCGAGUUGACCUAUGAAAAUGGCGAUGUCACAGAAGAGGGCUAUGAGCUCGAGAUUCAACCCGGACAGGUCGCUAUCCGCGGUUCUGGCGCCCGGGGAAUGUGGUGGGGAACGCGAACUUUGUUGCAAGAGCUGUUGAUAGCUCACAAUCAUCCGAUCCCUUCUGGUCGGGUGGUUGACGCGCCUGCGUUUCCGACCCGAGGAUUCUUACUCGACGCUGGGAGGAAGUGGUACUCGCCGUCGUAUCUCAAGGACCUGUGUACAUAUGCAUCGUUUUUCAAGCUGUCCGAAUUCCAUUACCACACCAGCGACAAUUACCCGCUGAGUCGUGGCCAUAACGACACCUGGCAAGACGUUUACGCGCAGUUUUCCUUACGACCGGAGAGUCCUGAUCUGCAAGGGAUUGUACAGCGAGCAAACGAAACACUUUCUCGGUCGGACUUCGAGGAUCUUCAGCAACACUGUGCACAGCGAGGUGUGACCGUCAUUCCGGAGAUUGAAGCUCCCGGGCACGGUUUGUUUAUUACCAAAUGGAAGCCGGAACUCGCUUUGGACCACAAAGACCUCUUGAAUUUGUCACACCCGGAUACCAUUCCACUGGUGAAGGCUAUCUGGACCGAGUUCCUACCAUGGUUUCAAGUCAAAGAGGUCCAUAUUGGGGCAGAUGAAUAUGAUUCCACAUUAGCCGAUGAUUACAUUGACUUUGUCAACGAAAUGGCGCAGUUUAUGGAGGAAGAGGCCGGCAAGAAAAUUCGCAUCUGGGGGACAUACGAACCAUCGGACACCCGCAACAUCUCGAAAGACGUUAUCAUUCAACACUGGCAGUACGGACAGUCGGACCCCGUCGAUCUGGCGGAGAAUGGCUAUGAAGUUAUCAAUUCAGAAGAUUGGUGGGCCUACAUGUCACUCAAAAACGACCAUAUGCCGAUCUAUCCUGCCCCUUAUCCGCCAUUCUUCAAUACCACGAGAGUGCUCAAUUUUGCGAACAGCGAUGGAUGGCAGUGGACACCAGCUGACUUCAACCCAGUCAAUGUCACCGAACAGCCCGAUCCAAAUCCUGUCAAGGGUGCCAUCCUGGCUGCAUGGAAUGACAACGGGCCGGAUGCAACGACGCAGUUGGAGUCCUACUACGCGAUCCGCAACGGCAUCCCGGUUGUCGCUUCCAGAGCGUGGACUGGCAGCCGUGGACCGGUUCUUGAUAUAUCUACAUUGUCAGCCUCGAUGGAACUUUUAACUUCCAAAGCCGUUGCCCAGAACCUGGACCGGCAGAUUUUGCAAAAGGAUGGGGAUGCCAACGAACUAAUAAGUUGGACUCGACCCGAAGAGAAAAGAGCGUGCGACAAAGUAUUUUUAGGAUACGGUAGCAAAGGGAUGAACUACGAGUUGGACCUUGAUGUCGCUGGCCCCUUCACCCUGUCGUCCAAUGACUCCACUCUUACAUUAUCACCUGACGGCAGUCUGACCUUUGUCUCAGACGGGUGGCACUACCCCCUGCGGUCCAUACAUGAAACCGAUGGUUUUGACGAAGGAUACCCAGGACGAAUCUGGGUGAAUGAAACAGGAUCAACUCAUGAACCGGUAGAAGUUCCCUUGCAGAGUCACAUCACCAUCCGGACAGACAUGAUCGGUGGCAGCCGAGUCUGGGUCGACGAGGACUUCGUAGGGAGAUUUGAAGUAUUAGUGUUUGGUGGAAAAAACCUGCUAUUGUCAUGGAGCCAGAUGGCGUUCGUGGCACCACUUGAGUGGAUCGAAGGAGGGAUUGAACGCGUACCCCUCACUUCGCAAUUCACCGACUUCUACACAGAUGACACACGGCUAUCCUAUUUCUACGCCCAUAACGGUUCAGCACCUCCCGUAGGAUGGAAGCAACCGGAGACCAACGAGUCCUCAUCAGGCGGCUACACAUGGGGCCACUACGUCGGCAAAGCCGCAAACAUAACCCGACAUAACUAUGCCGUCAGCGCAGCCGUAUGCUCCAACAAAAUCACCCCACGAACGAUGCCCCCCUUGGGAAUGUUCUAUCCCUCUGUCCUUGAAUACGAAAUCCCAGCCUUCAUCGCAGACAACCAGUACAUAGACCCACAGGGUAACCGAUUCCUCGACAUCCCGCCCGACGUAACCGUCUACGCCAUUUGGAUCGGAACAAACGACCUCGGGAACUAUGCUUUUCUAACCGACUCGCAGGCAGCCGGGAAAACAAUCCCAGAUUAUGCUGAGUGUGUUUAUGAGGCCCUAGAUGGGAUUUAUGCGAGCGGCGGGCGGUAUUUUGUGAUACUGAACAAUGCGCCGUUGCAUCUGACGCCCCAGUACGCUUUGUUGGAGAAUGGGGGCGUGAAGAGUGUUUCGUGGUGGCCCGAUAAGCCCGACAAUCAGACGUUGAUCAACUAUCGGAUAUGGGAGCAGGUUGCUAAUGCUAAUGAGAUAUUUAAGUACAAGACACCUUUUGAGGUGUUGGUUGCGGAUAGGUAUCCUGGGGCUGGGGUGGCGGUUAUGGAUAUGUAUGGGUUGUUGUCUGAUAUUUACUAUAACCCGGAAGAGUGGUUCGGACGGAUUGGUGCUAAUGUGACGGGGUUUGUCAAACAUUGUAACUCCGAGGGCGAGGACUGUGUUCAUUUGCAAGAUGAGGAGACUUUCAUGUGGUUUGAUGAGUUGCAUCCAUCCGACACGACGGAUAGGUUUAUUGCUGAGGAGUUUGUGAAGGUUGUGAAUGGGGAGAGUCGAUGGGCAACGUAUUGGGGAGAUUCGCUUGGGUAA